AGAGCAGAUUUGCUUAACAGCGUAAACAUGGUCAAGGAGACACCUUUCACUUUGUCAAAAACUUUUUUUUUACUGUCAUUUUCAUGCUUCCUGGGUGGAGACUCGUCCACGGAAGUCAGGAAGCUAUGUACAGGGACGAAGUGCAACACCUGGAGGACUGGUGCAGGGUAAACAAUCUGCUGCUCAACGUGGACAAAACGAAGGAGAUGAUCAUCGACUUCCGGAAGUCACAAACAGAGCACGCCCCCCUCAGCAUCAGCGGCCGUACAGUGGAGAGAGUGGAGAACAUCAAGUUCCUAGGUGUGCAGAUCUCGCAGGACCUAAGCUGGAAUAAGAACACCUCUUAUAUCACAAAACGGGCCCAGCAGAGACUAUACUUCCUGAGGAAGCUGAAACAAACCUCUCUCCCACCCAGCAUCCUCACGACCUUCUACAGAGGUGUAGUUGAGAGCAUCCUGACAUACUGCAUCUCCACAUGGUACUCCAGCUGCAGUAUGUCAGACAAAAAAGCCCUGCAGAGGAUCAUCAGGGGGGCGGAGAGGGUCAUCGGAGUUUCCCUCCCCUCUAUCGAAGAACUAUUCCAGUCCCGCUGCAAGAAGAGGGCACUGACCAUCGUCAAUGACCUCUUACACCCUCUCAACAAACUCUUUGAACUGCUGCCAUCAGGCAAACGCUUCCGGAGCAUAAAAGGCAGAACCAACAGACUGAUCAACAACUUUAUUCCACAAGCUGUCAGAAUGCUGAACUGCUGAUAUGAAUCUGGACGACAAUCAUUAUUGCACCUUAAUCUGCUCUGCUCUAUUUCUCUCCAGCCUUGUUUUCUUAUUUUUACAUAGCAUUUCACUUGGCACUUUAACUGUACUGUGAUGUUUACAUUGAUCUCUACACUGACAAUUGCUGCUUAACGUCUUAGGGAAGUGUGAAUGUGCGUGAG